CGGCUGUUUCUUACCAUGUUCUGCUUUAUGUCAUUAAAGACUCCAGAAGAGCUGGAUGACUCUGACUUUGAAACCGAAGAUUUCGAUUCCCGCAGCAAGACCAGUGURCAGACGGAGGACGACCAGCUCAUAAACGGCCAGAGUGCACGUGCCAUCAUGGCUCAGUUGCCUCAGGAGCAGAAGGCAAAGAUUGCCGAGCAGGUGGCYAGCUUCCAGGAGGAGAAAAGCAAGCUGGAUGCUGAGGUGUCCAAAUGGGAUGACAGCGGCAAUGACAUCAUUGUGCUGGCUAAGCAGAUGUGCAUGAUCAUGAUGGAGAUGACAGACUUCACCAGGGGGAAGGGGCCACUGAAAAAUACAUCUGAUGUCAUCAAAGCUGCCAAGAAAAUUGCAGAAGCGGGAACCAAAAUGGACAAACUGGGCCGCAGCAUCGCCGACCUUUGUCCCGACUCUUCCUGCAAGCAGGACCUGCUCGCCUACCUGCAGCGCAUCGCCUUGUACUGCCAUCAGCUCAACAUCUGCAGUAAAGUCAAGGCUGAAGUUCAGAACCUGGGAGGGGAGCUGGUUGUCUCUGGGUUGGACAGCGCCAUGUCCCUCAUUCAGGCAGCCAAGAACCUGAUGAACGCCGUGGUGUCCACCGUCAAGGCCUCCUACGUCGCCUCUACGAAGUACCAAAAGAACAAAAACAUGGAGGCGCUCAACAUGCCCGCCGUCUCCUGGAGAAUGAAGGCUCCCGAGAAGAAGCCGCUGGUGAAGCGAGAGAAGCAGGACGACGGGCAGACCAACAAAGUCAAGAGAUCUUCGCAGAAGAAGCACGUCAGCCCUGUGCAGGCUCUGAGCGAGUUCAAAGCCAUGGAUAGCAUCUAGAGAACCCCCCCAGGAGGGAGAGCGUCAGUAUGUAACCCAAAAGCUUAGCAUAGAUUGAGCCUUUUAUUGAGUCGAAUCAAAGAGCUGUCAUUUGUUCGUGCAGCUUCUUGGUUUGGCCCGUUGUAUUCCUCCACUGCCUCAUUCCUAACUUUCAGAUUUGCUUUAACCUGCAGCAUUAAUUGUCUGUUCUGUAGAAAGUGCAGUCAGCAGGGAAACCAACUGGACAGGACUUUUUUUUUUUUUCAUGUAUAUGAGAAGAAAAUGUGGAUACAGAAAGUAAUUCUGAGAUUUUUGUUGUUGUUUUUGAUCAUUUUUAUUUUCUUGAACACGUCUAAGUAAAACUCUUGGGCUGUAAGGUUUUUCCAUUAUGUUUUUGACAGACUGCAAAUAUCAGCUAUGCAAAAUUAGUUUCUCCAUUUUUUUAAUUUUAUUUUUUUUCUCUUAAGCAGUAGCUGUUAAUCUUAAUAGUGAGAUAUUCAGUCGUUCGUCCUCCAUAAAAAGCCAGCUUCAKGCCAUUUCUAUAUGUGCUUGCAUUUAUAAAUCCUAAAAUAAUAAUCAGAAGCCACUAAACGCCUAAUAACCUUAAACUUAUCAGAUUUGUGUCAUUGCUUUAACGUUUGAACAGUUAAAUUUUGUUUCUUUAUAAAACCCUCAUCUCAAAUCCCAAUCAUUGUCGGCUGUUCUUUGUUUUAUUUUACGACUUCAUGUAUUCAAACUGACACCAUUGCUGCUCACUGUAGAACUCCUUUAUUCUUUUUUCUUUUUUAUUUUAAAGCUUCCCGAACCCCUGAGAGUUUUGGAAGAGCUCGGAGGGCUGCAGGAUGAGCGGWGUGUGCGUCAGUACUUUGCAAAGCCAAUGAGCUUCAUUCACUAGUGAGACCAAACAUCUCCACGUUCUGAAUGGGUUCAAUUUAACGGGAUCAAUAUUUUCUACUUGCUGUGUAGAGUUUACCUUUAAACUUCUCGUCCUUGAGCUUGAACACUAAAAUUUUAUAUCAGAAUCUUUAUAAAACCAUAAAUCCUUUUUUUUUUUCUCCAGA